ACUCCCACAUCUUGCAUCCACCAUGGUAGCUGUUAAUGCUGGUAAUCUCUCUGUCCUCUACAUAAUAGCACUGUUACUGAUUGGAAGAGGUAAACCAAAUGAGUUUAGUAAUAUAGCAAGUGAAUUCAAAGUUGCUUAUCUCAGGCAGUUCUCAUCAACAAGUCGUAUUGAUAUGAUAAUACUAACAAAAAGUGUAUCUCCAGUUCAGUUUAGUAUAUCAUCUCUUAAUGGAUCCAUUCACAAUGGAACUACUACAAGAGAUACUCCUGCUAUUGUGACUUUACCAUCAACUCUACAGGUUCGUGAGACUACCUAUGAUUAUCGUCAACUUGGUCUCCUUGUUACGUCACCUCCUGAUAAACCUAUCUCUGUUGUAUUGGUUGGAUGGACAUCAACACCUCGUUCAACAUACCUUGCUCUUCCUUGCAUUGAGCAACCAGUACAAGAAUAUGUUUAUUAUGGUGUAUCAUCAAGAGAUACUUCAGGAUCUCAUAGUCAAGUACUUCUUGUAGGUUGUAGGGACAAUACUACAGUGACUAUCACUCCUACUCAUGAUGUACAAUUACCUGAUAAUCCUCAAUCAUCUACCAGUUCUAUUAUCAAUGUUGCUGCUGGAUCAAGUCAUACCAUCACACUUCAUUCAUUGCAGACUUUAUUGAUAGGUGCACCUAAUGUUGAUCUCAGUGGAACAAAGAUUGUCUCUAAUUAUCCGCUGACUGUUGUAGGGGGACACGAUUGUGUUCAAAUUCCUUCAGGUUUUUUAGAUUGUGAUCCUAUCAGUACACAAGUACCACCAACUAUUAAUUGGGGAACACAGUUUCUUCUUACUCCACUUUACAGCCGUACAAAUGGUCAGAGAUUAAAAAUAAUAGCAUCAGACAAUGCUACAAUCGUUGCUAUUACUUGUAAUACUUCUUCUAUUAAUACUGCAUUGAUGUCACCUGGAUCAUUUCUUGAAUAUAAUACAAAUCAUACUGAUUUUUGUGAUUUAACAUGUAGUCGACCUUGCUAUGUUUCUGAACUAGCUUUUAGUAUGACUUAUCAAAGUAAUUUUGAUAGUGAUGGCGAUCCUUUAUUAAUGACAGUUCCACCCAUCAGUCAGUAUCCUCACUCUGUUACAUUCACUACACUACCUGCUAUGCCAACUAAUUUCUAUAGUAUAGCAGUACCUGCUGAUUCUUACUACAAUGGUACUGUAAUCAUUAAUGGUGUUCUUACCACAUUAAACUGGACACCAAUCAGAGAUACUAAUGGAGUUAUCAUUGGAUAUGGAUACAAUACUACAGCCAGUGGUUCCUAUACUAUCAGUCACAGUCAUCCUAAUGGAACAAUAUAUGUCAGUGCUUAUGGAUUUGCACCUAAUGGUGGAUAUGGAUAUUUAACUGGAACUUUUCUUCAGCCCCAAUUUUGUAAAUUAGUAAAUUUUAGUUCAAAUGUUUAUUAUGCUACAGAAGGAGGCAAAGCUAUGAUUUAUGUACAAAGAAAUGUUUCAGACACAGAAGAUACAAUCCUUAUUUCAUAUAAUGGUUUCAAUGAAACAGUGGUAUUUGCUCUUGGAAAAAGCAUUGCAUCAGUGUCAGUAUCAAUACCUGAUGAUGAUUAUAGUACAGAAGAAAGUGUGUAUAAUCUCACAGUGGGAUUUACAGUGCUAACAAGUGAUCUCUAUUGUACUAAUAGUGAUGAAACAACAGUUGUGAUAAGAGAUGAUGAUUAUUUAACAAUUGGGCUGAGUAGUGUAACAAUGAGAGAAGAAGUAAGAGAGGUAAGUGUUGGUAUAACUUUCUCAAAUGGUACACUAAAACCUGACAACAUUGCUAACUUAUUUCUACAAAUAAAGAAUCUACAAGGACAAUCUCUCACUAAUAUCCUACAGUUUAAUUACAGUAUCAGUAGUUAUACUGUCUCAUAUGAUAUUACUAAACUUGCAACUGAGCUGAGCUUAACAAAUGAUGAACCAGUUAAUGUUACUGCACUAUUGCUUCCUUUUGAUGAAGAAGGUCCUCUAGUCUCUAUAUCUCCUUCUGCAUUAACUUUCAUGCUAUUUGAUACACCAUAUAUAACCUCAUCUAUGCCACUCAUAUCUCCAACUCCAUCAUUAGAAACUACUACUAGUACGUUGCUCUUUGUUAGCACUGUAUAUGUGACUGUUGAACCAACUACUGUGUAUAUGCCAACUGCUGCUACUACAGUAUUUACAACUGUUGAAUCAACUAACAGUUUGUUCAGUCAAGCAAUUGGUAACACAUACACUAUCAUUGGUGCUAGUGCAUUAGCUGUUCUUGCCUUAGUCUUUACUGCACUCUGUGUUGUUACUGGGAUUAUUAGCUACAAGUGUGGUAAAAGGAAGCAAGCCAAUGGUUUCCGUGAUCGUAGCUCUACUGAACUGAUUGCUAACGAACUGUACAGAAAUAAUAAUGCAAAUUCAAUUAAUGAUGACGUUGAAGAAUAUGCUGAACUGAGACAUGAAAAGAAUGAUCCUAUUUCGUAUUCAAAGCUUCAGCAUACCAGAUAUACUGAAGUAGAUCUCACAGAUGCUACUUACGCUAGUAUUAAACGUGAAACAGAAACAGCCAUGCAAGAGCUGAAUGAUGUACCAGGAGAAGGUGCAGGGGAUUCAAGAGUAUACACAAGUCUUGAUCCAGCUACAUUGAAUGAACAAGACAAUUAUGAUGUCACAAUUAGCUCCAAUGAUGCAGACAACAAUAGUAUCGAAUCAUAUGAAGAACUUAAAGAUUUUAUUAUUAAUUAAUAUUUUGUACUACUUUUUAGAUAGAUCUAGUGUAUAGUCUAUAGUUGACAUAUCUUAAUUGCUGUAACAAAUAAUGUUUGAAUAAAA